CUGUGGUGCCACCUUGAACACAGCACACCACCUCGCUCUCUCACCCCUCAGGCACUACGUAGGUCUGCGAGCAUUUCUGAGGUGCCCACACUGAGUCUACCUGUAUCAACCUCUGUCCGUGCCCACGCCUUGGCUGCGUGUAUCGAGUUGCAUCCACGCCAACAAGUGCCUUAAUCCUACAGGAACAAAAGCAUUAUCUCAGUAAUACAUUGAAUUCUUUUUUACUUUUUUGAGCACUGAACAGUACUUAGGUAGCAUGCUGAACAGUAAUUUAUGUAUUCGUUAAGUUUUACGUAUCUGCUAAUUUGACUUAUUUUAAAAUAAUUUUGUCGUGCUGAAAGUAGAAAGCUGUUCAAUUAUAGGACCUCUGUAGGCGAAUUGACACGCACUUGAACAGUGAAUCCAAUUUCUAGUGUUUGUGAGUGAAGUUCAGAGAGGAACUGGAGGACUUCUCUCUUUAUCUUGUCAAGUGUUGGGCGUUACUAGUUAAAUAACAACAGAGGUACGUUACUGCUCCAGUGUGUGAGAGGUAGUAAUCCCAAAAUCUCAAAAAAGUAAUACUGAAAAAUAACUUAGAUCUGUCAUUCUAUGUGGUGGUUAGCAGAAGAAAUUAUUAAUACAAUCACUGUUCCAGAGAGGAACUGAUUUCGUUACUAAUUUUGUCCUGAGACUCUCCUGUAGAAGGAUCAAGAUAUCCAUAGGAUCUAAGAAAGUGCACAGAACGUGCUGAGAAAGUGUCAGAAAGUGCCGAAAGAAGACAAGUGUCUACACUGAUUUGAACAUAACACCCGGUGAGAGUCAGGGACCCACCCGCCAGCAUGAACAGAUUGAAUACGGCGACGCUGGUGGUGCUGCUGGUGCUGGUUGUGACGACUCUUCAAGGAGUUCGGGGGUUUUCUUUCGGGCAGCUCUUCCCAGCAUCUAGACGUGGUGUACGGGGAUCCCUCCUGGGAAGCGUCUUCGCUGACAAAACAACAAGUAAUGCCCUGAAAGAGGCUCUGAAGCAGGCUGCCACGAAGGAAACAAAAAUAGUGAUGCCCUCCUCCACCACCACCACCACCACUACGACAACGACGCCGACGACACGUAAGAAGCCCUCAUCGUAUCCCAUCACUAACUCUCCCAUCUACUACAUUCGUCUACCUCCCUCUCCCUACGUCUACAUGCCUGGAUUGGGCUACGUCUCUCCGAACAAUAACAAAUUCGAUUUCCUCCGUCCGGAAGUGAACUUCAUCAAUAACGGCAAGCCCUCCAACAUCUUCCACUUCAAGGCACCCCCUACCCCAACUAAAGCUGUUGCAACCACCACAACUACUACCGUCUCCCCUACAUCAUCUACAGCCGUUGCGACCACUACCACACUAGCGAAGGUACCACGACUACUAUUGUUUCUUCCACGUCGAAGGUGACGACGGCGAAACCGUCAAAGCCCUCGGCGACAAAGAAACCAAGUCCCAUCACGUGGCUUCCAGGCCGGUGGGUCUUCAAUGGACGACCCUCAGACUUAUUCUUCUUUAGGUCUCCCUACAACCCAUCCCACUUCGACAAGCUUCACCAGACCUACAGCAAACCAGGUAUCUACAUCAAGUAGAUCGUGGUAGAUGUAACGGUCUAUUGUAAAGGUUAAAGGAGCGUCAUUGAUGCCUUCGGUCUCGUGAUACUUGAAAACAAUGCAUUGGUUCAUGUAGACACUCUUUUGUAUAUGUAAUUUCUUGACUGAGAUAGUCUGUAAACACAGAUACACUCCUGGAUAUUGUUAAACAGAUACUUUUGAUAGUUGUAGACGCUCUUUGAAUAGAUGUAAAAAAAAGUCUUCAGUAGAUUUAGAAACUUCUAUACAUAUUAAAAAAUUCUCUAUAGCUAAAGACAAGUCUGUGUUGUCGUAGACUGUUUCACAGCAAAUGGAGACAGUUUAUUUCAUUCUAGCAAAUAGAUUCUAAAUAACUUAACACAUUAAGAACAACUGUUGAAAAAGAAAGAAAAGUAAUCAGUUAUGCUACAGUAUUUAUAUUGAUGAUUUAGGGUUUAUUUCUCGUAAGAUAGUCGGAAACUGCUCUUUUCCUCCUCGAUGUAAACUGGAAACACUUAAAUCAAUAAUUUUUAAGAAAUUCUGAUUUUAAAGUUUUCCUAAAACUAACAGUUAUAUUUUUAUUGAGAAAGUAUUUAAAAAUGCAAAAUCUUUCUGAAUAAUUUAAAUUCUUGGUCGUUCUGUGGUCGUUUUUAUUUUAAUUUUCUAGAAAGUUUUAUUGAAAAAAGUGACUAUUGUAAAUGUUAUUUUCUCAUUUAUAAAAAAAAUCUAAUUUAAUGCAAAUUUUUAAUAAUGAGAGGCCGUUUUACGAAUAUUAAAAUUUAUGAUAAAAAUUUGAAAAAAAAAAAAAUAAUAUGGUAAAAUUCCAUUAUUUAAACAAAAGAUUUCAGACGGUGGCUAUUAUAGACCAACAGGGUAUCGUUAGAUCAUUUGCCAUAUACUUCAUUGCGAACUGUGGUCUUCCAAUUUUGUGGAAUUUCAGUUUGGUAACGCUUAUUUUUAAAGGAUAGGUGCUUGAAUAAACACAGUGCUUUCACUCUUUUUGAAGACGAUUAGCCUGUUGAGUUUCUCUAUUUUUUCUCUCUCUCUUCCAUGAAAAAAAAAAUUAUACGCUGUUAUUUAGUAAAAUGCAAAAGAGCUAUAAAGAAAAUCUUGAAAUAGGACACUCCAAGCUCUUUUGUGAAAUAAAUCACAGCAUUAAGAUCAUUUUAUUACAGAAGCGUUCGAAUUGUUAUGAGUUUUCUUUUACAUCAAAGUAUAUCUAGAUACCUUAAGCUGUAGAGCAUUUUGUAGAGAGGAAAGGUAUAUACGUAUUUAAACUAUACAGAUUAAUAUAUUCUAGAAAAAUCUAGCCUCGCUGAGGUUUAACAUUUCUGUGCAUAUCAUUAGUGUUAGUCCAUUGUCGCCCCUCAUUUAUGAUGUCGUUAUCUUUAUAUAUGUGUGUGACGCAUUGAUGAAUUUGUCUUGAUCAUUCCCUUCACAACCAUGACGCAUUUUGAAGUCGCUAAUUUUUCGUAGGCAUAACACAUCUGUGAUGGUGAGAAACGUUCACACGAUUUGUUUGUUUAAUACCUGAAUCCUUAAUAUAAUUGGUUGUUGAUCGGAAAAUAUUGUAUGAUAGAUUUCCAAAACAAAAAUAAUUCACGUUAUUUACAUGUAGUGACAUAUAUAAUUUAGUGAUUUUUUUUAAUUUAGUAUGUGAUAAAAUAAUCUUUGUUUAGCUCUCUCUUUCUCUCUCUCUCUCUCUCCUCUCCCUCCCUCCUUUCUCUUUUUCUCCAAAAUAUUAGAUUUAGUGUGAUUAUCGUGGAAAUAGUUUAAAUUUAAAUUUUUAAUCAAAAAAAUAUUUUUUUUUCGACUAAGACUAUAUAGACCUUGAAAUAUUGAUAAGAUUUCCUUUAAAGUGUAAGUCUGCUUAAAUCUGAUUCUGAAUAAAUAUAGACGUGUUUGUAUUUCAUCUUAUGCUCAAUUUAGCUUAGUUUGAAGACGAAGUUUUGACAAAAUAGGAAGUGGAGAGAUGGACUAGUUUUUAUCUGGCCUGUUAUAUUUGUUGCCAUAUGUAAAAUGAUCAAGAAUCUGUGAAAACAAAAAUGUUCUCUUUAGAAAAAUGUAUCAAGCGAUAAGGUGGCAAAAAUUAGGUAAAUGAGCACAUAUGCAACUUAAUGAGUCAUAUUUAAGUUAAAGUUAUACCCACUAGUGACUUAGUGGUAGCAGAGGUGUUAGUAUUAGUAGCAGUAUUAAUAGUACUAGUAGUAAUAAAAUGUUUCAAGACAAUACAGCUGCCUAUAUUCUGUGUAACUGUGUUUAAGGGCUGACUCGAUGCACUUGUGCCCAUCAGGGGUUUGGCGAAACCCUAGAUGGGCGAAACAUCGCCUUAAAAAAGUCUCAUUAAUUUGCAUAUGCAUCCAUUUAUCUAACAAUUGUGGGUAUUACUAACAAUGAUUACAGUAGGUGGCAGAUUCACUUACGUGUGUAGCAUUGCUGGUGUUUAGGGUUUUCGGAUGCUGAGACCGCAAAUGUUUGGUUGAUGUAAUUGAAAGUUUUUGGCUGCUAUAAUUGUAAGUUUAUUCAAUGUUAUAAUUGGCUUUACAAGUUUAAAAACCAGUUUGGCAUUAUUUUGAGUCUGAGCGAAUGUUCAAGCCUGCUUUGCAUUGCUACUGCUUAAGUCAUAAUAUAAUUUAGGCUUUGACGAAUAUAUCGGCUAAUGAACUCAUUUUAUUGAUGUCUCAAUGAAAGUUUUGGUACCUUCUGUUAUUAUUUAUGAAUUACUUAUGUAUUUGGGUACAUUUGUUUUUCUUUAAAGCUGCUUUUGCUGUGUUUGCAACUAAAUGCAAAAUUAGUUAUUGCACUAAUUCAAGUACGUAUUCCUCAUUGUCAGUUCUUAGUUGAUACAGAGAGGAAUCCCAGUUUGGUUAAUUGCCGAGCUGUAUAUCUUGUGUUGUACUGCAAUCAACCAGUAGCUUAACUUAUUUCCAUUUAGUUAACUUGAGUGGCUGUACACUCUGUUCUUUAUAUCUCAGCAAACAGACAGCUGUCGAUACAUAAUAUUGUCUACAUUGUGUGAUUUAUUAUUUCAGUAAUUCAACGAUUUAUCUUUAACAUAAUAAAAGUAUGAACUCUGC